UCCGUUUCCGGAACAUAGGGCGGGCGCGGGACUUUUGAAUGUCCUUUUCGGGCUAUACGUGAGGAUUAAAGCAGAAAUUGUAUUUUAAUUUUUAAACACAACAAGGAUUGCAGCGAAGCUACAAAACCAAUCAGGCCGCGCGGCUUUGAAAGAAGCUCCGGAAUUCCUUCCUAGAGCUGUGUGCGCUAAAAUGUGAACUCCAGUUCUUCGGUGCCUGAAGCUGCAGAGUUACGCAUCGUGUCCCGAUCGCGGUUGUAUUGCGUGAUGUCUCACUGAAGAAGAGUGUCGGGGUUUAUGCGGACGUGGCGAGACCAGUACAGCGUACCUAUCCAAUUAUGUCCGCACUGAAAAAGCGCGGCAGCAGCGCAGGACCCGGGAGGAAUGAAUGUAUAACCUCUCCAUCGAGCAGAAGAUCCCAAAGAAAAUUAUCCAGCAAUAAUGCUUCAGGAAUGACCUCUCCAGCUAACAGAAGAUCCCAAAAUAAGCUAUCUAGCAAUAAUUGUUCAGGGAUGACCUUUAUGCCAAGCAGAAGAUCUCAAAGGAACUUAUCCAGCAAUGGCUCCUCAGAGACAAGUUCUCCGUCAAGCAAAAUAUCUGAAAGGGGGUUAUCCAGCGACCGUUCUUCAGCAGUAACUUCUCCAAAGAAGAUCUUGUUUGUAAACAAAGCUUCUGACAGUCCAAUGCCGGUUCCAGUCAUCAAAAAGCAAAUCACUGCCAAGAAAAUUAUGCCAAGGAAGACGCUGCUUACCCAUGCAUCCCUUGCACCAUUACCCACUCCCAAGGAUUUAAGCAUUACACCAGCACCUAGGAGGAAGAGCUCAAGGGUUUCACAAAAAUGUGAAAAAGAAAACGCUACUCUUGACAACCCUCAAAGCUUUCCAAAAAGCAAAGCAGAACAGUCCUCCUCGGAAAUAGAAAUCCUCUCUCCCAUCACGUUCAACAUCUCGGUGUCUCCUAAAUUAGAUAGAGAGCAUGUGAUGUCUCAGAAAGUGCGACGUUCUUACAGCCGCUUGGAAAUGUCUUUGAAUAGCAGCUCUUUCCUGUAUAGUCCAACAAGAAAAAAUGACUCCUCGGACACUUCCACCCCAAACCCACUGCCAAAAUCAGGGCGCCGCUCUCUCUUUGGGUUUGAUAAACUCCUGAGUUCUGAAACACAAGAGGAGGAAAUGGGAAUAAAGGCAAAAAGAGACUCGGGCGAAAGAGGACACGAAGUCACAAAUAAAAGCACAGUACUGACAUCAUUGGAAGAACCAGACCACAACAUUCCUGGAGUGGCUCUGGUGAAGCAAAAAAAGAGGAAGCGUAAAAUUCCCCUGAUAGAGAAAUCUGAACUGGAUGAAUGGGCUGCUGUUAUGAAUGCAGAGUUUGAGGAAGCAGAAAAAUUUGACCUCCUUGUGGAAUGACUAACAUUUUUUGGUUUAUACAGACGUUUUUUGUACGUGGACUGAUGACACAUGCUUAUUACACAUCUGAUGCAGAUGUUUCAUCUUUUGUAUGUGUUUUAAGGAUUAUAGGACAUAAAAGUUGUUUCUGUUGACUUUGAAUUUCUUUGUAGAAAAUCAAGG